AUGACGGGGGCCGAGGGCGGGGCGGGCUCGGCACCCGUGUCCAGCUACGCGAGCUCGAUGGGGCGCAUUGUCUUGGCAUACUUGUCCGCCAUUGGUGCGGCGGCGGCUGUGGUGGUUGGAAUAAACAACGGGCAUCCCGCCAACGACGAUGUGUCCGUUUUGGGGCGCGGUUUGCUGGCCUUUGCCGUCUCGACCUUUGUCAUCUUCCUCUGGUCCGUGACCCACGGGAAUACGUCCUUUUUUGACGCCUACUGGUCGGUCGCCCCACCGCUGGUUGCCACCUACUGGGCCAUCCAGGGUGCCAUUGAUGGACGUCAGCCCGAUGCCGUCCGUCUCGGUUUGUUCUUUGUGCCCAUGAUUGUCUGGGCCAUCCGCCUCACCGUCAAUUGGGCCUGGGGCUUUCCGGGCCUUCACCAUGAGGACUGGCGCUACGUCGACAUGAAGCGCCAAAUGCAAGGAACCCUUGAAUCUCCCCCCCGCUGGCGGCAGAUCUUUUACUGGAUUUGCGGUUCCCUGCUUGCCCUUCAUACCUUUCCUGCCGUUGAAAUUGCCCUGGGCACCAUCCCAGACUUUGGCGAGGCCUUGUUUUGGUGGGGUCUGUUCCUCAUGGGCAUCACGGCCGACGAUGCCAGCCGAUACUGGUGGACGGCCGCUGGCGCGUUGGCCAUCACAUUGAUGCUAUUCUUUGCAUCCAUCCCCAUGAUGGAGCAGCGACAGUUGGCACGCCGGCCCCAGACCUACCGCGCCUACAUGCGCGUCACCCCCUCGCGCCUAGUCCCUUGGUUCCCACGCUCUGCAGAAGAAGCCCGACCCCUCAAUGAUCGCGAAUAA